CCGCCCACCCGCUCGCCCGCAGCAGCGACGGCGCCGCCGCCGGGAUGGCAGAGCGGUCGCGUGGCGUUGAAGGCUCUAUAUGAGUCGGAAGGAGAAGGACCUGCAGUGGGAGAAACUCUCCCCUGCAGAGUUCCAGCAACUUCAAGACCUCCAGUCAUAUUCAUCAAAGAAACUACAAGAUGUGCUGGACGAGUGUAGCGGCACUGGACCCCUGUCGCGCUACUGCCUCGAAGAUGAUAUCGACUUCGAGGGCUUCAGGCUGUUUAUGGACACAUACCUGGAAGCAGAAACCCCCGAGGAGCUGUGCAAACAUCUCUUCCUGUCUUUCGUCAAGACACCACAUGCCAAAGAGCCGGGUGGGAGUGAUGAGUACAAAUAG